UUUCCCUUCCCUGCCAGCGGUCCAGCUGCUCCGUCAUGGGACAUGGCAGCCCUGGGGCACAGGGACGUGGGCAGCGGGGCUGCCUCAGGGAUGAUGGCGGGGGCCGUUCCUGGGCACCCCAGCCCAGAAGGUUGGACCUGCCCCCCUCUGGCAAUGUCCCGUUCCUGAUGAGAGCGUGGUACGAAAACCACCCGUCUCCUUGCUCCCUGCACGGGUGUUCCCCCCUGCGCCUCCCUCCCUGAGCCUGGGGAUGCUGUGGGCAGGGGGGCAGCGUGCCUGGGCCUCCAAACCGCCAUUGUGGCAUCCCCACUCGGCUUUACGGGAGCACAGGGCCUUUCCCCUCAGAGAGGGAUCCCUGGCCUCCCGUUCGUGUCCCAGACGGGCCAAACAAGGGGGCCUGAGGCUUCAGUCCGAGCAGGGGCUGUGCUGGAGCAGCCAUGGGGUGGGGGUCCCGGCCAGUCAGGGCCGCUGAGGCCCAUCGGUGCCUGAGACAGGCCGGGAAGCUGCCCAGCUCCUCUCCCCCGCGCCGGCAGGAUUGGCCCUCGUCCGCCUUCUCCAGAGCUCGGGGACACGGAAAACACGCAGCUCCUCCCGCCAUGCCUGGAGUGUGGCCACCGGUGGCCAGAGGCCGCUGCCGGUCUCGCUGUGAGUCAGGGCAGGACACGUGAGGCCCCAGCGCCGGCCCCAACGCCUUCCCGCCCGCCUGCCAUCGCGUGCGAGGGCUGGCGCUGAGCACACCCUGCCCCGGGAUCCCGAACCAUCGCACAGCCCUGCAGAGCUUUCCUACAACCACAGAGAAGAGCACGCAGCACAUAAGGAGAAACACAAACCAGGUACAGCAAUGGAGAACUUGAAUAUCAUAUUUCCAGAUUUUACUGAAGAACAGCAAGACGUUUUCCAGAGAGUUUUUACAGCUGAUGCCAAUUACUUGGAGAAUCAUGAGAAAAUGGACCAGUCCUUCUGGGAAUCACUUGUAAAAUGUUUAGCCACCACUGACCCACCCAUCCUGAAUGCUGAAGAAAAGAACAAUCUCCUCAACAGCUGCGAUGUCCUGCCUGGAGGCUGUGUGGCCUGCCUGAAAGCCAUAGAGAAGAAAGGAGUCAGGGCAAUGGCUGUUCUUUACCUCUUGCUGAAGACAACCAACCCAUCUGGAUAUAGGCAGCUGCCCAGCUCCAAGGGAAAGGAUGAAAAAUUGAAACUCCUGAAGAGAUUAGAAAGGAAUCUCAUGCUUUCACAAGGGGAAAAAAAGGCUGAAAACUCAUCCCAUGAGUCCAUGGAUGAAGAUACACAAGACAGUGAUGGGGAAGAUUUAGGAAGACAGAAGACUGAAGGCCAGUUACUUGGAGGCAUACCAGCAGAGGUUGUUCCCUACAGAGAUUCAGGCCUGCCAGAGAUUACCAGAAGAGAGGAUUCAAUUGCAGAUGCAUGUAAGAACACUCGCCUCCAUCAGUGGACAGUACGGUGGAUGGGCAUACGGAAGGAUGAUGAAUUCUUUCAUUUUGUCAUUCUUUGCUUUGCAAUUGGAACUUUACUAAUUUGCUACUACUACUACAAAGAUUGGACUAUUUCUCUUGGAACUGGUUUAAUCACCUUUGCCUCUCUGGAAACCACUGGGAUAUACUUUGGUCUAGUGUAUCGAAUUCGGAGUGUACUUGACAGCUUUGUUCCUCUGAUUGGCAAAUUCAGGCCAACAGGUAUGAGGAAAGCUGCCUAGCAGGAGUAUUUCAGGACAGUUCCACAAAACCCUUCUGGCUGAAUUUCUAGUAUUAAAAAAAAAAAAAGCUUUAUGAGGCAAACAUAAAAACCUAAUGGCUAACAUGAAAUAUAGAAGUGUUAGACCAUAGAAAGACAUCAUUCCCUCCCCUCAAAAAUAAAGCUGAAAUUGCAUUACAGGGUCCCAUUCUUUCUUCUGAAGUGAUUCGUGGCUCAGCAGAGCUUAUAAGACAAUCUAGAUGCAGGUUUGUAUUUAAUUCCAUUAAAGAUAAACACAUUCUUCCUCUCUCCCCCAUGCAACCAUGUUAGUCUGCCUAUGGUGUAUCAAAAUCAACAAAAUUACCAAUAUUAUCCUCCGCUGGUUCUGGAUUAGGCUCUGGAUGUUUCAGUAGGAAUCUUGGCAACCACAAAGCCACCGCCUCUUCACCCCUUGUGAUGUUGCAAACCAGGCAAACGCCAGCUGCUUGCUUACACGGUUGAGCCCCAACAGUGCAAUAGCACUGAAGCAGAUUAAUUUAUUGUGGCAGAACUCAAUAUAGUGGGCGUAUAAUGAUUUCACCCAGUGAAAGCUGGUGAGAUUUUACAUGCAGUGACAUAAUGGUGCAGUAAUGAGAUUAUUAACAGCAGCAAAUUUCAUCUCUUCUUCUGAAAGGAAAAAUAAAAGUGCUUGAUUUGACUCACCCCCCAACAUUUUUCUUUCUUUGAGUAAAAUAAAGUGCAACUUUUACAUUCCUUUAAUUUUAUAAGGACAUGUUACACAUAAUAUAUGUAGGACUAAUGCAAGUGUAGGCAGAGUGCAAAAAAAGGGGAUACCUUAAAUUUUCAGUAAAAAUGUAAGGUCUUCAUACCCAUAGAAGGAUGAAGACAUCAAGUCAGACACAGAGCCAUAAAACGUGAAAUUGUAAGGAAAAGUAAAUCUAAAAGCCAUUAGCCCAAACAGCCCAGAGUUUUAGAGAAGCAAUUUCAAGCCUUGCUCAGAAAAUCAAAACACUUACUUUUUAGAUGUACUUAAUUUUAAAUUUUAAGCACCAGCGUUGAUCGUUCUUGUGUGUUGCGGUUCCAUUUGCACAUCCAAAAAUAUGAGCAAUUGUAUGAAGGCCUGUAUCAACACAGCACAGCAGUUACCUAACA